AUGGCAUCUACCUUUGAGACUAGCCUGGGCCCAGAGCGGUCAUAUCAUAACACCAAGUCAGCAUACAUCCUGCCGAACGACAAACCCGAACAUGACAGACUCGAAGCCCAAUCCAAGUGCAUCUUCGAACUGAUGGGCAAGCGUAUCAUCCACGCCCCUUUGUCAGCCACGAACGUCCAUAAAGCUCUUGACAUCGGGUGCGGCACGGGGAUAGUAACACAUGAAAUAGCAUCGCAGUUCCCCGACGCACAAGUCUAUGGUCUGGAUCUGUCCCCCGUGCCCAACAUCCGCGAGAAACUGCCGAACAUCGAAACUAAGGGUUUGGAAUCCCUGUGCGGCGAGAAAUUGCCCCGCUGGUUCGUAGAAGCCGGCCUUGAGGACGUGCAGAUCAAACGUUAUAUGCUCCCAAUGGGACAGUGGGAGGGCAUGACGGAAGCCGAGAGGAAAUUCGGCGAGCACUAUCCCAUAGGCAUAGGGGCGUCAAUGCUUGUGUCAAUGCGUAAGCUGGGACAGGGACAGAAUGAGGUGAGUCAAGAGGAUAUCGAAAAGGGAGUCGAAGGCGCGAACAAGGUGAAGCAAGAGUGGCAGAAGUACAGGGGAUUUUUCUGGGUUUAUGCUGUUUGUGGUAGGAAGCCUGUGAGAUGA